GGCCACGCUGCCACAUUUCUUGAAGCUUCCAGUGACAUGAGAGUCAGCAACCGUACACCAGCUGGUUACAUCCCAAACGAUCGGUUUUCCUUGUCUUACUGGUAUCAGUGUCAUCCCAUCCGGUCUUUGUGCGGUGGUUGAUGACAAGCCGUUUGGUUCCAUCUCACAAGGAAAACCAGCGCUUUCACAACAGUUUUUCGCGAUGCUGUUCAUUUCUUUAUUGUCUACUUUAUAUCUACUUCGAAGGUAGAUUGAUAACUGUUUGUAAACUUGACGCUGAUACUAUUGUACGUAUAUGUCGUACAGUCGUAGAGUUGUCACGUUGUGUUAUUUAUGUUUACGAGAAGCCAGUAGCGACAAUGUAAUUGAUCAAGUUCUUCAAAUUCCAUUUCGCCACAUGAAACGCUGAAUUUUUCGAGGCCUGGGCUCGCGGAUCGUCUACAAGGUGUAACAGUUUUGGUGGAGUUGAGUAUUGUGAUCCAAAUCGUUUCUUCUGAAGAAGUGGAGAACCACAAAUCAUAUCGAAGAAUUUGAAGGCGAACAUGUCGGGGCCUGCGAAGUAUAUAGCUCAGUUGGUUCUCGCCGGGGCGCAAAUUGUGGGGAGAGCUUUCGCCAGGGCACUAAAAGAAGAAAUACAAAGAAGCCAGCAAGCCGCAGCUUCACGCGGCGGAGGCGGUACUCGAGCGGGGGAUUCAUCCAGAGCAGCCGCAGUAUCCAGCAGAUUAGGCAUGACAGUGCAAGAAGCGUGUCAGAUCCUAAACCUUCCAGGAAAACGAAUAGAUCCAAAAGAGCUGACAGAAAAGUACGACCACUUAUUCAAAGUCAACGACAAAGCAGUUGGUGGUUCAUUUUACUUGCAAUCGAAAGUUGUGCGAGCGAAGGAGCGCCUAGAAGAGGAACUGAAAUCCCUUGCAGAAGCGCCCAAGGAGAGGCCCGGUAGAACCUCCCAAGAAAAGACACCGUCAGAUUCUCCGUCGUGAUCAUUGUUUCCUACAUCUUCAGAAGUUAUGGUGUGGUGUUGUUGAAUUUAGUUUCUGAACUACUAUUUUACCUGUUUUAUUACCUAAUGUACUUCCCUAGUAGCUAGUAGCUUAAGGGUUACUGGAUGCUAGUGUGUAGCUGCUGGUGACUGAUACGCCCCACUCCAUGGCGAAUUGGAAAUCUGCAAAAGACACCGAUGCCAUAUUUAUGUACUGCGGAUUGGCCUUUUUGUGGCAGGUUUUGUGAUACCUAACGCAAGCUAUCAUCCGAUGUUUGCUUGCCUUCAAAGUGAUGCGAUCUGGCUUUCGUAUUUUGCUUUGACUUGUGCUUGAACAGAUUCACGUUCACACUCCGCGCAAUCAAGAAUCAGCCCAGAAAAUGUGUAUAAA